AUGGGGGUAGCGGAUUUAAUUAAGAAGUUUGAGAAGAUAUCUGCUAGGGAUGAGAAGCCAAUGGUGCCUGAGACGGUCCAGAAUUCUCGUUCAUUGAACGACAAUGAAAGAAAAAUAGUCCCUGAGACAUCGGCACCAUCAUUCCAAGAGGGGCCGAAGACUGACAGCAAGGAUGAUGAAUCUGAGGAUUCUAAAUCGAAAAAGGAAGAUGCGAAGCGUGACUCUGAGGAAGCCGACGAUGCAGGAAAGCCAGCAGAGGAUGACUUGGCAGCAGAGGAGCCUGCUGAUGCACCAACGGAAGAUCUUGAAGCUGAAAUAGAGAGCUCUUUCGCUAAAGAAUCGACCGAAGAAGCAGUUCAGAAAGCUGUCGCCGAAGAGGAUGAAGAUGAGACCGCGAGCGAUGACGAUAAGAAAAAAGAUGAAUCUGCAAAUGAGACUGGCGAAACCGCCGAUUCCGAGAACAAAGAAGCCGUCGAAGGCUUGAACGAUCAGAAUCAGUCAGAGUCUUCUAAGAAGAAGAAGAAGAAGAAUAAGAAAAAGAAGAAGAAGAACAAUUCCGCACUGCCAGCGGAGGAGACUCACAACGGGGAUGGCGCCGAUGAAGGUUCGCUUGGCAAGAUUAAUAAACAUGAUAAAGAAGAGCUUCAAGCAGUAAUUCUGGAUGUCCAGGAGGAGGUAUCCGAGACGAUUGCUCAUGACAAAACUCCGGUAAACAAAUUUAACGAGAAGGGAACCGAAGAUUCAACCACCCGUUUGGGCCGUGAUGAUCCGUUUGAAUUUGGUAAGAGGACUUUGACUGAAAAUGUAGAUGUCUGGGAUCAUAAUGCGUGGGACAACGUGGAGUGGGGUGAAGAACAGAUCAAGUCUGCUGAAGAAAAGAUAAAGACUCAAUAUGAGCACCCUGUCUCAGAAUUUGAUAAAAAGCUGUACAACGGUAAUCCUGCUCGAUACUGGGAUAUAUUUUACAAGAAUAAUAAGGAAAAUUUCUUUAAGGACAGAAAGUGGCUACAGAUUGAGUUUCCCUGCUUGUAUGCGGCCACAAAGAAGGAUGCCGGUCCCGUCACCAUCUUUGAAAUCGGAUGUGGUGCCGGUAAUACCUUUUUCCCAAUUCUGAAUGAGAAUGAGAAUGAAGAUUUGCGAGUAAUAGCUGCCGAUUUUGCACCCAAAGCCGUGGAACUUGUUAAGAACUCGGAGAACUUCAAUCCUAAGUACGGGCAUGCUGCAGUGUGGGAUCUUGCUAAUCCUGAAGGAAACUUACCAGAUGGCGUGGAACCCCACUCGGUUGAUAUCGCUGUAAUGAUUUUUGUCUUCAGUGCUUUGGCUCCCGAUCAAUGGGAACAGGGCCUCGCAAAUUUGCGCAAAGUUAUGAAACCAGGUGGUAAGAUCCUAUUUCGAGACUACGGCCGAUAUGACUUAGCACAAGUCAGGUUCAAGAAGAAUAGACUACUGGACGACAAUUUCUACAUAAGAGGGGAUGGCACAAGAGUUUACUUCUUCACAGAGGAAGAAUUGAGAGAAAUUUUCACCAGCGGGUCUUUCAUUGAGAAUAGGAUAGGAACUGACAGAAGGUUACUAGUUAAUAGGAAGCGGCAACUGAAGAUGUACCGCUGCUGGCUCCAAGCUGUCUUUGAAGUUCCGAACUAA